AUGACGUCCGAACUUCACCUCGCCGAUACAAAUCGGUUCAAGAUUCGUCCAGCUACCAAAGGUGACCUCCAAACACUGACCGACGACAUCUGGUUCAACUCUUUUGGCCUUUCGUCAUUUUGGGCGUACCUCUUUCCCGACUCGACAAUCUGCCGCCGUCAGUAUCUAGACAGAAUGUGGGCAAUCGGGCUGGAGAAUCCAACCGAUCGCACAUUUGUCGCAGUCGAUACGCAGGAGCAUGACAGAUUCGCAGGCUUCAGCAGGUGGCAGAUUCCUCAAGCCGAUUCCAAUAGGGGGAGACAGUGUCGGUUCUGGCCGGAUAUUCCAGAGGGACUGUUUGACAUGGCCGACGAAGAUGGUCUGGAGACCUACCUCGACGGUAGCACUGCCGGACAACCAUACUACGAGAAGCGGCAUGGUUUUGUACCGGUCAAAAAGAUGCCGAUUCCAGACCGGGAACCUCGUGGCGCAUUAUCAAUGCCUCGUUAG